GAAUGGUAAUAUUAAGUCCUGCGAAGUUACAAGCUUCUUUUACUGCACAGUGGCUACACUUUGUUCUGAGUUAUCCACAAUUAUCAUUUGUUUUAUUUAAAUUAAAAAAAAUCUGCCUUUUGACAAGAUGAUAACCAGGAUGCUUUGGAUUUAUACAAUUGGAUUAUGUUCCCUGAUCACUUUUUGCCAAGGAGAGACAGCUAUCAGUUGCCGUUUCAAAGGAGUUUUCCAUGUGGAAGAAAAUGGUCGAUACAAGAUUUCUCGAGAAACAGCUGAGGACGUCUGUCUAUCCCUUAAUAGCACUCUUGCAGACUUUGAACAAAUGAAAAUAGCUUAUGAUGUCGGCUUUGAGACUUGCAGAUAUGGAUUUAUACGAGAGCAAAUUGUGAUUCCACGAAAGACACCGAACCCAAUAUGCGCUGCUAAUUAUGUUGGCAUUUACAAUCUCACCGCAAACCUCAGUGAUUUAUAUGAUGUCUAUUGCUUCAAUUCCUCAGAAACGGAAGAAAAGAAUUGCGCCUCAGUCAUCCUCUCCAAUCUUGACGUUCUUCCUUCCUUCGAUCCAAGCGUAACAGAAACUAUGAUUCCUAAUGGCGUCAGUGAUAUGGUAACACCCACUGAUUCUGGGCAAGCUUCCUACGUAUCUUUUCACCCAACCAAUGAUGAAUUCUUGCAAGAAACCAAUGACCCACAGUAUGCAACAGAUCUUUCCAUGUCAACUGAACAACCCGAUGAUCAUUCCUCUGGAGAUCGGGAAAGCCAAACAUCUCAGGAUGAUACAACAACCAACCUGGACAUGGGAGAUGCUGAAGAUACAUUAUCACCUUUAGAUGACCUCUUAACACAGGGGACCACAGAGAUGUCUUUUAUUGAUGGCAGUCAUGGACAUGAUGGGAGCCACGGACACCAUGCUACUACUGAAAAUUGUGAGGAGAGCGAAGGAAAUAAUCCAGAAGAUCCUAUUACAGCAUCUACAGAUUCCGCAAUUAACGAAGGACUAUAUAAUGGAAACACUGAAGAUGCUACUAGCGAAUAUGAUGAUGGCUCUAAAGGAAGUGGUGUUCCAAAGGGUGGGAGACGUGGCAAUUCUGGUCAAGUGUUAUUGGAGGAUCCUUCAAAUGCCACCAACAAACCCAAACAACGGAGAGGAUCUAGGGUGCCAGAUUGGUUAAUCGUGAUUGUUGCGGUGGUAUCACUGGGAUUAAUACUGUCAGUUUGCAUCGCACUCAACACUCGCAGAUUAUGUGGUCAAAAGAGGAAACUGGUGAUCAAUGGUAAGAAAGCAUCUGUAGAGGAUGGUGGCAUCAUAGAUCAGAAUGGAGAUACGGCAAAAUCCCAGGAGAUGGUGCAACUAGUCUCCCACGACCCACCAGAACCCAGUGUUACAAUGACCAACGAAGAUAUCAGAAACACAAAGGAUGUGGACAUGAAAAUUGGAGUCUAGCUGACCCCAUUUCCCCAGAAAACUAUUGUGGUGUUGAAGCCCUAUCAGAAAACAAGGAACUUGGACUGAACACGAACACAGAAGACGAAAGAGCCACUGGCUGUUUCAUAGGAUCAAGAGUUGCUUCUAUUUGUAAAUUUUGCAUGUCAGGCCAACUAACAAGUGGUUGGCCAACAUCGGCAUAGACACUCCUAACUGCUCAUCACGUCCUGAAUAAAACUACAGUCGGAAUUACACAGUAGGAGCAGAGGGAAGGUCAGAAAUGUGCAAACUAGGAUUUCAAUAGAACUUUCAAUUUUCUAGAUCAGGGGCAGGCAAGAUUUUGUGGAUUAAUUCUACCACAAUGCUUUACCAGCAUUAUGGCUGUAAGAGCAUUAGGGAUGACGUAGUCCACAACAUCUGGCGUGCCGAAGAUUGCCUACCCCUGUUCUAAAUUAUUUCCCAAAUACGUUUCCCAAAACGAAUGUAUCUGUCGGCUAUCCAUUACGGCCUUUCAAUACCCAUAAUGCCCUCAUGUAAAUAUGGGAUUUAAAUUGUGCCUUGAAGGACAUAUCACUGUAAUUCCAGAUACUCAUAUACAUAAUUAACAGUGGGGUAAAAUGAUUUAAAUUUUUUUUUUUUUUUUUUUUUUUUUAGGAUUCUGAAUUAUGUGGUGUUAGGGCAAUUAGUAAGUGGGUAACAUUUAAAAUAAGCUUAUUUUCUAUGCAAAUACUAUUUAAGAAUAAUAGGGGUCCACUGAUUUAUAUUUAAAAACAAUAAACUAGUUUUUUUAUUGUACUUUUGACUACUUAUAAUUUACUGUUCUAGCCAGGGUUGGCCAAUCACAUUUAUAGGAUGAUGAUUUAAAGGAUUAUUUGCUGAUUGAGUAACCAGCUAGAAAAACGUGGAACGUGACAGACGAAUUGGAAAGCAUGUCCCGCAGAGCAGCGUGAAAGGUUAUUUCAGCUCUGUUUUGUCCUAUAUUAUCUCCCUGGUGUAGGUCACUGGAACUUGCUGGUUACUGAAUAGAUCUCUAGAAUAAAAUAUUCCUAAAUCCAACUAUUCACACAUCUUGCGGUUAUUCACUAAACAGAGAAUUGUAGGGAACUAAAAGCCAUUUUGCAACAUUAAGCCUAAAAGUACCUGAGCUGUGACUGGUUGGAAAGGUUUUUUUUCGUUUUUUCUCCAAAUAAGCAAUUUUGAAUUAAAUGUUGCAAUUAGGUGGUUACUGCUGUUGAUGCUGCAAUAUUUUAGAGGUUUGUGUUUUCUUUCGUGUCUACUUCUGUUGUCUCAUUAAUAUAUGUACCUCAAAAAGACACUGUAGACACUGUAACUGUGUCAUCUUAUUGCGGUGGUUAUAGUGUCUGGAGUCCCCUGGCGCCAUCGUUCCAUUCAGGGUUAGACCGUUUUUACAGUUUUCGUGCUAAAUGAGAGUUCCCAGCAGCCCAUCUCCUCUGUGUUGCUUUGCCUUACAAGCCCAUCUUAAACACUCCAGAUGGUGUGAACAACAUCUCCCAUAAUCCUCUUAAAACUACAAUGCUGGCAAAGCAUCAGGGGAGAUGUAGUCCCCUAUAUCUGGAGUGCUGAAGUUGCCAAUCCCUGCAUUAGCCUGAGCAGCUAUAGGUAACGGGGAUUGGCAGAGAGUGUUAGCUGACCACUUUCAGAGUGCGCAUGAAGGUAUGAAUUGGUAUGGCUAGAAGGAAGUUUGUAAUCUCUGCCCUGGCACUAUUAUCAGUUCAAUGGGAUGAAAUGGUUAUAGAGCCUACAGUGUUCCUUUAAGCGCCUUUG